AUUUAGUGUAAAUAGUUAUAGUUUUAUAUUAUAUUGAACUAUGAAGGAUCCUCCUGAUCCUUUGAAUGAGGGAUCAGGUCUGGGACCUGGUCCCUCCGUGGCUAGCUAUGUGAUAAUAUGUAGCAAUGAUGAUAAUUUCGAUAAAGAUCUACUUGAUUGGGAACAAGAAGGUAAUAGGAAAAGGAAGCGUGGUCAAAAUAUUAUAAAUACUAUUAAUAGCCUAGAGAAUUUAGAUAGUGGUCGCCAGAGUGUUAACUCUAAUAGCAACUCUGUAUCAGCUAAGGAAAAUAUUUCUGUUGAUUUACAGUCUAAUUCUUUAAUCAGAAAUAUAUAUACUGAACAUGACUCUUAUCCAUUUGUUGUUCAUGUCCAAAGAUGUGAAUCAUCACCCGGUGAUGGCUCUACGUUGCAUCCAAUUACAUUUGGCAAUUUUUUGAAAAAAAAUAGUUUUAAAAAUAUUGUAGCAGGUAGUGUCAAAAGAAUAGGCAGGAAUAGAUGUGUUGUUGCUUUUUCAACUGCUCAUGAUGCUAACACAUUUAUUAAUAAUAAAGCCUUAGAAACAUUCAAUUUAAGAGCAAAAAUACCAUCCUUCCAUGUUUCUCGGAUAGGCUUAGUAAGAGGCAUUCCAUCAGAAUGGUCUCCGGAAGAAAUUAAAGAAAAUAUAGUUGUUCCUAAUGGAUGUGGCUCUAUAAUAAAAGUACGCAGAAUUAAUUAUAAAGUUAUUAUUGAUGGUACAGUUACAUGGAAGCCUUCACAAUCGGUAAUAUUAACUUUUGAUGGGCAAACACUCCCGUCAAGAAUAUUUAUUUGUUAUAAUUCUUUACCUGUAGAGCUAUAUAUAUUUCCAACCAUUCAGUGUUAUAAUUGCUGUAGGUAUGGUCACACAAAAUCAAUUUGUAGAUCCAAGCCCCGUUGCUAUAAAUGCGGGCAAGAUCAUAGUGGUGAAACUUGCAAUGUUGAAGAGGAUGGUGCAUCAUGUAUAAUGUGUUCUGGUUUACAUUUUGCAAAUAAUAAAAACUGUCCUGAAUAUAAUCGCCAAAAACUAAUUAAACUUACUAUGGCUCAGAAGAACUUGUCAUAUGGAGAGGCACUUAAAUUACACCCACAGGUAAAAAAACCUUAUGCCGAAGUGCUUAACACUUCAACAUUACAAGGCUCACCAAAGCAUAGUUUACAAAAUACAAAUAUAAAUACAUCUCAUAAAAAGACUGUUUUUAAAAAACCACGUUCGCCACCUAAAAGUAGCCAAGGCUAUGAUAGAGCUGCUCAUGAAGCUUUAAUUAAAGAAUGUCAGAUGCCUACACCUGACAAUGGGUGUGCCUACAAGAUAUCUCCAUCUAAUGAUACUCAAAAUGGCGCUAUAAUGGAAAUUAUACUCGCUUUAAUCAAUUUAUUACAACAAGGUAAGACAUUAAGACCGUCCAACGUUGCUUUACUUAAUAAAAUUAUUAAUAACACAAUAAAAAACAAUGGCUUCGAACAUAGUACAUUGGAAUUGCAGGAGCAUUCUUCCUAAAAAAUCUGAAUUAAUUCAUAUCAUUAAUAAAUAUAAUCCAUUAGUAAUCUCACUAAACGAGACCUGGUUAAAAACAUAUUUAAAUUUUCGUAUUCCCGGUUACAUUUGUUUGAGGGAUGAUAGAACUGACGGAUACGGCGGUGUUGCAAUUUUAGUUAAAAAUACUCUUACUUUCAAAAAAUUACAACUUUUCCAACAUACCGAUAAAAGUUUCAAUAUUGUCGGAAUAAGACUUAAUAAUACGAUUUCCAUUGUUUCCAUUUAUAUUCCUCAGUUUUCGAAUUUAAUUAAGCAUGAUAUACAACAUAUUUUUUCCACACUUGAAGAACCCUAUAUUAUCUUAGGU